AUGAAAUAAAAUGCUGUGAAUAUCAAUAGAAAGAUUAUAGAUUCAAUAUAAGAAGUACCUAAAGAUAAAAUCAGGAAAGAUUCAGCUCUAAUGUAGCAGCAAUCUGGGGCUUAAUUAUUCAAUAUGAAAGCUAAAAAACCUAAUAACCCUCUAAGCUCAAAUACUUAAACUAGGCCUAAUCUUUUUAGAUCUCAAAUUACUUUAAAUAUCAAUGUUGAAAAUAAUUCAAGCAAAAAGAAUAUGAACAAAUCUUCUAAUACUAAGUUAACUCUCAUAGAGUUUGAUUCUACUAAAUGCUUGAGUAAUGAAAGAUCUACAAAUAUCUUAUAAAACUCUAUUUUGACUCAAUAAUCUUCUAAGAAUAACUUAAAACCUUAAUCGACCUCUCAUUAAAAGUCAAGGUAGAUUAACAACAUACUAGGAAAAACUUUCAAUGGAAAUGACUCAAGCCUGUCAAAGUCAAAAACUGAUGUAAGCCAACUCUAUAGCCCGGUCCUAAUUAGCAGGAAAAAAUCAACCUUUCAAAGCUAUCUUUCUAAAAAUGCUCAAUGUGGUGGGACUGUCGCGCCAAUUUCCAAAAAUACAGUGAUGUUCUUACCUGGUUCUAGCAAAAGGUAGCUAAAUGACCACUCGAAUAGAAAAGAAAUGAUGUACUCGCCUGACCCGAACUCAGAAAUGACUUCACCAAGAUUCGUGCCUAAGUCUCUCAUUGCCAAGGCAAAAAAGAUUAAUCAAUGA